AUGGCUGCGACGCUUAGACGAACCUUUCGAUAUUCUGACGAUGGCCAAGAUAAUGAUGAUAGGGAGGAGUUGGAUGAGGAAGAGCAAGAUAAUCUCAUUCGAGAGCUGAACCUGAAGAAUAAUGCACAGAAUGCUUUCUACUAUAAAAUAUUUACUAUCAUGCCACUGAUUGCGACUGUUGCCUAUCUUCCUUCAAUUUUGUCGUCCUCCGUAACAGUUGCGAUUCGAUUAUCAUACAUAAUGUGUAUAGCAUCCCUUUGUGUGACAGCGCAUAUAAUGAGAAGUGGCUCCUUGAGCUCAAAAGAUGACAGCGAUGGAGUACCUGGUUUAUUGGCUAUCCAAAAGCCAAAGCAUCCAACCUUGACAAAAGAUGUUGAGGGCUAUCUCCUUCCUAUAAACUCGGUUAUAUGCGUGAUACUGUUUUUACAGUCAUGGUAUUCGCUGAGUAACCAAGUUUAUGGUGAUCAUCAGGACACCGUCCUUUGCGCUCUUCCCGGAGUCAUUCUCGGUGUCAUACGUGUGGCGAGUCGAAUACUACUUCAAGUUGACAUCGAAGAACUCGAGAACCUUCGAUACGAGUAUAAGGGUGCCUAGGCGAACUAUUUUCAGAGAGGACAUUAUUGAUAUGACGAUUGCUAGGUCAUAAUACACAAAUUCAGUGUUUAAGUUGAGCUUCGCUACGCGUACAAGCUGUAGAUCUAAACG